AUGCCUUACAACUUUUGCCUGCCCAGCAUCAGCUGCCGCACCAGCUGCUCCUCCAGGCCCUGCUUGCCUCCCAGCUGCCAUGGCUGCACCCUCCCCGGGGCCUGCAACAUCCCCGCCAACGUGGGCACCUGUGGCUGGUUCUGUGAAGGCUCCUUCAAUGGCAACGAGAAGGAGACCAUGCAGUUCCUGAAUGACCGUCUGGCCAACUACCUGGAGAAGGUGCGCCAGCUGGAGAGGGAGAAUGCCGAGCUCGAGAGUAGGAUCCGGGAGUGGUGCCAACAGCAGGUGCCCUACGUGUGCCCUGACUACCAAUCCUACUUCAGGAUCAUUGAGGAGCUCCAGCAGAAGAUCCUGUGCACCAAGGCAGAGAAUACUAGACUGGUGGUGCAGAUCGACAAUGCCAAGCUGGCUGCUGAUGAUUUCAGAACGAAGUACCAGACAGAACUGUCCCUGCGCCAGCUGGUGGAGGCUGACAUCAACAGUCUGCGCAGGAUCCUGGAUAAUCUGACCCUGUGCAAGUCUGACCUGGAGGCUAAGGUGGAGUCCCUGAAAGAAGAGCUGCUAUGUCUCAAACAGAACCAUGAGCAGGAAGUCAACACCCUGCGAUGCCAGAUUGGGGAGAGACUCAAUGUGGAGGUGGAUGCUGCCCCAACUGUGGACCUGAACAGAGUGUUGAAUGAGACCCGGUGUCAGUAUGAGACCCUGGUGGAGAACAACCGCAGAGAUGUGGAGGAGUGGUUCACCACUCAGACGGAGGAACUGAACAAGCAGGUGGUGUCCAGCUCUGAGCAGCUGCAGAACUGCCAAGCUGAGAUCAUCGAGCUGAGACGUACAGUCAACGCCCUGGAGAUUGAGCUGCAGGCCCAGCACAACCUGAGAAAUUCUCUUGAAAACACCCUGACAGAGACCGAGGCCCGUUACAGCUCCCAGCUGUCCCAGGUGCAGUGUUUGAUCACCAAUGUAGAAUCCCAGCUGGCUGAGAUCCGAGGUGACCUGGAGCGGCAGAAUCAAGAGUACCAAGUCCUUCUGGAUGUCAGAGCACGGUUAGAGUGUGAGAUCUCCACGUACCGUGGCCUGCUGGAGAGUGAGGACUGCAAGCUCCCCUGCAAUCCCUGCGCUACCACCAAUGCCUGCGGCAAGCCCAUCGGACCCUGCCCAGUCAGUAACCCCUGUGCCCCCUGCACACCUUGUAUCCCUCGACCUCGUUGUGGCCCUUGUAAUUCCUUUGUGCGCUAAAUUUCCCAGCAUCCCUCAGAGGAUGAAGGACAGAGGACCAUUUGUUUCCAACCUCUGGACCAGCUUCCAUCUCUCACAGUGAUUGUAUCCUGUCAUCAGAAGAGGCCAGGGGAAGAAUAGGAAGAAAUGUAUACGAAUUUUCACAAAUAUAGUCAAUGCUCCCAGGGGUCUAGGAUUUGCUGGUUCUCCGCAUGCAAGUCCUAUGUUCCUGGAGCUGUUUGAGCAUUAUUCCCCUCAGAAAGUGUGACUUACUGGGUCCUAGGGUCCCCUCUCUGCUUCAACCUCUCCUUCUCUCCUUGUAUUUCCCUUGUCAUCCUCCUAAUAAACUCCUACC